AUGGCGUGGGAUCAGAACUAUUGUGGUAUACGUAUUGUUCUUGUAUAUGUGAAUAAUCGGAGUGAUGUACCCCUCGGGACUACCACCCUGCUGGCCUGCACGCUCCUCGCAGCGCUCCAGUUCGCUCAGGCGAUCCCGGUAGAGACCCCUUCAACUGGUCUGGAGGAAAUUAAGGCUACCAACAGUCUAUCGGCUACUAAAAGUCUUAAGUGCAUCGCUAAAAUAGUUGUCGAAUUCGUCUUGGAAAUGCCAGCUGUGAUUUGGGGUUGCGACAAAUUUACAAGAUGGUUUGAUCCGCCCGAAAGUGUCGCCAUCGGCUUCAUGCAGUGCAUCACCCUGGCUCUUCCUGUAAACCUACACCGCAUUGCGAAGGAAGUGACAUGCUGAGGCACUGCCGUCAGCGACACCAGGGUGGUUCAAGUGCAGUCU